AUGAUAAAAUCAAAGUCGAUCUUAUCAUUUUUAACUUUGACGUUUUUCACGCUUUUUACAAUUUUUUAUUCAUGUUGGAUUGAUUCCAAUUAUUUUAAUUAUUGGCCCUCGAUACCUCCAUUAAAUCUGUUUUUAUAUAAUUUAGAUUGGAGUAAUCUAUCGUUACAUGGCUUACAUUCUAAAUGGUUACAUCUUUUCGUCAAUGGUCCUUUACUUUUUGGUCCUUCACUUUGGGUUUUAACUUUUUGGGGAAUUUACAAGAUGUUCAGAUUUCGAAAGAAUCUACAUUAUCUUCUUUCUGGUAGUGUGAUUGUUUCGGGUUUGGGUCUUUUAUCCAUUCAACCACAUCAAGAACCUAGGUUCCUUUUACCACUCCUAAUUCCUGUUUGUAUAAUCGCUUCGCAUACGCUUUUAACCCUCACACCUACAUCUCGUAAAGUCUUUUGGAAACUUCAUUUCUUACAUACGAUUCUCGGGACUAUCUUUUACGGUUUUUUGCAUCAAUCUGGUGUGAUACCUACUAUAAGUUAUAUAAAAGGAUCUAAUCAAUUUGAAGAUAUCAAAUCAAUUGUGAUAUGGAAGACCUUUGAUUUUCCAAAAACACUUUUACUCCGAACAUCAACAUCCGAUCUAAACUUGAUCAAUCUACAAGGUUUGAACGAAAUAUCAAUGUUGGAUAAAGUUUGCAAAGAAUUAAAAGUUACUCAAAAAGGAAUCUUAGUGUUUCCUUUGAAUGCUUUUAAAACUUUUGGGGUUCUUGAUUUAGUUGUUUGGAAUUCUUUUGGUUUUCAUCUUGAUAUGGAUAGAAUUGAUGAUUAUUUUGAAAAUGGGUUUAAAGCUAAUGGGAUUUGUGUUGUUAAGAUUUAUAGAUUUUGUAGUAGGUAUUUAGAAUUUGAUCAAAUUUGA